CUCUUGAUGAUUGAACUGUAGUUACUAACUUUGCUAGAGGAUGGAUAUUCCACUUUUCCAAGAUAGCCAUCAAGUCAGCAUGAAAGAUCCAGCCAUGGGUAAGGAGUGUAGCUGUCAGAGGCUUUGCUCGCUUUUUUUAAGAGCAUGAACAUACGAAUAUGGCCACUUGUGCCCCGACUGUCGAGCUCAAGAUCCUGUCGAGUUUUAGGAUUAAGUGGAAUAUCCAUACUAUGCCCCGUUCCCCAAGAUAAUCUCAGCCUCGGACAUCGUGACUAUCUGAAAUUUUUUUUCUGAUGUUUUAUGUCAUAGGGUCGCAUAAUUUAGCUAUUCUUGUUCAUCAUCCUCCUUCCUGAUUUUUCAUAAUAUUAAAGCUCUUCUCCGCGAAUUUCAAAAAUGAAGUGAAAAAGCGGCGUGCUCGUAUACUUCUUCCGUCUCCUGUACCUAACACAGUAAGAGAACCGAAUCAAGUUCGACAUCGCAUCAGUUGUGCGGGCGGCAUUACGUCGGUAACCAUGUCCGGUGAGGGUGCUGACGUGUUGCGGUCUCUGCGUGCGGAGACGCCGAGUCGCCGGCAGAGCAGUGGUCGCGGGAGGCCAGCUGCACCUUUAACACCUCUGGCUGUAACGCGCGGCGAUCCCCCGAAACGAAUCCCGCCAGCUGGCUCCACGGACGAGAACAGCGCAAUCAAGAGCAAAGGCGGGCUUAGUUUGCGGUCUAAGUUUCUCAACUUCGUAGAGAAACAAGCUGCACCGGAGCUGGACGACGCCUUUUUCGAAAGCUUUCCCCGUGUCAUCCUCGGCUGUUGGCAGUUGCGUUCGUGGCGAAUCGGCAACGAAUUGACGAUCACGCCGCCACGAGGGCUGCUCACUCUCGCAUCCUUCUCGGACGAAGAAAUCACCGCGUUUCGGCGUGAGCAGAUUCGAAGGACG